UGUUCUCUAGAAUUUUCAAAUCGUGGCACAAUUCUGGUGAACUGAUUUCAUUUUCAAUCAUUUGUUAAAUGAACUGUUCAGAAUGAAGAAGACCAACAAAGCUCAAUUCAAACUAAGGUUAGCCUAUAAUGUUCAAAUAGAACAAAAAUAAUUUGUUUUCACUAUUCUAUUGACACAUUCUUAUUCCUUUACAGGCGAGUUUUCAAAUAAAGAUGAUGGUAUCAUAUCAAUGAGCAAUGAUUUGGACACGUCUUUUCCAAACACUACCACUUAUGCUGAUUAUGGAACUUUUGAAAUUAAAGAGAAUCCAAACAAUGAGAGCGAAAUAUUCAGCAAAUGUAAUAAUGCUAUUGACAUGGACUGGGAUGGAAUCAGUGAUAUAACUAAACAAAAGGAACAGAUUGGCGAGGUUUCAAAUAAAGAUGAUGGUAUUAUAUCAAUGAACGAUGAUGUGGGCACUUUUCCAAACACUACAAGUUAUGCUGAUGAUGAAAUUUUUGAAAGGAAUGAAAAUCCGAACACUGAGAGCAAAAUAUUCAGCAAAUGUGAUAAUGCUAUUGACAUGGCCUAUGAUGAUAUCAGUAACACUGAACAAAAGGAACAGAUUGCACAAAACACAAUUGACUCUCAAAGUGAUACUGAUUCCAUGGAAUAUUAUGAAAGUGAUUCUUACGUUCCAAGCUCUGAAUCAAGUGAUGAUGGUGAUGGAGAAGUAACAAGCAGCAAUUUGAAAAGAUUAUCGAGUGAGUCUCCAAAGAAACAUAAUGAUAGACCUAUAACAAUGGACAAUGAUGAGGACAAUUUUCCAAACACAACCUGUGAUGCUGAUAGUGUUAUUGAAAUGAAUAUCAAUCCAAAUAACGAGAGUGAAACAGUCGUCAAUGUUGAAAAUGCCAGUGACAGGGCCGACAAUGAUAUCACUGGACCAGAAGAACAAAUCAGUGAGUUGGACUUUGAAAUUUAAUAAUCUACUGUAUUUAUAAUAAUAACAAUAAAAGAUGGUAAUGAAAGAUUAAUAAUAAUAAUAAUAUGGACUACCUGGUCGCAGCAAUACAAAAGGCAGUCAUGCUGAACACUUGCCAUAUUGUAAGAAAGUUCCUUGCAAUAGUUAAUUGUUGAUAAUCCAAAUAAUACCUGGCAGUAGUCUGUAUUUUAUUAAUGUAGGUUUCGCACACAAUUGAGUGAAUGUGAAUAGGAG